GGUAUCCUUCAGAAUGAUGAUUGCAGAGUACCUCUUGGGGGGUUCCAUCUUUGUCUUGCUGAUUGGGGAUAUAUGCAGCCUUCCGUUUGUGAAAGGCUCCAAUCCUAGUGCUCCCUACAGCAGAAGUAACACAAACACAGCAGCUAAUGUUGUCUUAAGCCAGGGAGGACCUCCUCCUUACCCCUCUGUAGUUGUGCCUUACAAUGCUCAGUAUGUAAGGGUUCCAGUGCAGCAGUCUGACCUCUCUCAGUAUGCUAUCUGGAACCUGCCAGCACUGUACACUGGCUCCAGUGUUUCUGAUCCUACUCAGGCAGGAGGAUACACAGCUGGCUCUGCACAAACUGGGGUGGAUGUUCAACCUGCAGCUGGUUCAAAUAUUGGUGGUUCCUCCAGUACAGGCAACACAAAUGUUGCCUUAAGCCAGGGAGGACCUUUUGCCUACUCCUCUGUAGUUGUGCCUUACAAUACUCAGUAUGGAGGGGUCCCACUGCAGCAGCCUGGUCUCUCUCAAUAUGCUGUCCAGAGCAUGCAAGCACCGUAUGCCAGCUCCAGUUUGUCUGCUCCUGCUCAGGCAGGAGGAUAUACAGCUGGCUCUGUACAAACUGGGGUGCCUGUUCAACCUGCAGCUGGUUCAAAUAUUGGCGCUUCCUCAAGCACAAGCAACACAAAUGCCGCUGCUAAUGUUGCCUUAAGCCAGGGAGGACCUUCUGCAUACUCCUCUGUAGCAGUGCCUUACAAUACUCAGUAUGGAGGGGUCCCAUUGCAGCAGCCUGGUCUCUCUCAAUAUGCUGUCCAGGGCUUGCCAGCAACAUAUGCCAGCUCCAGUUUGUCUGCUCCUGCUCAGGCAGGAGGCUCCACAGCCAGCUCUACACAAACCGGGGGGGCUGUUCAACCUCAGUCGGAAAUCAACUGGGCCGUUCCACCUCCCAAACUCGGUGAGGAAACUUCGCCCAGCGCUCAAGGUCUUGCCUCCAGCACAGGUGACUCGCUGGGUCCAGUUCUGCCACCAUUACCUGCAUACCAACCAGGAGAGUUGUCCCACUUUGAGAAGGCUGCUGAGGCUGGCGAUUACCAGUCUGAGACAGAAGAACUAGGCCGCCGGACUGUCCCAGCUACGAUGGAGGCUGCUGCGGCAGCUGUGGCUGCUGCAGGUGGGCUGGCAUCCCCAGUCUUCAGUGCACAACAGUUUGGAAUGGGUGGCUUCUGGGGUAAUCCCUAUCCUUACUUUGACUUCAUGUUCCUGACUGGCCAGUACCCUGUGGGCACAGUGAGUCACUUCAGCCAAAACUACGAGCAGGGACGAGACUACGCUCACAGCACUCACUACCUGAAAGACCAGCCUUUCUUCUACCCCAGCUUUGAUCAACAGAUUGUGACCAUUCCAGGAGGUCAGAGCCUUCAGAAUCCCAGCUUGUAUACAAGUCCUGUGCUGAGAGGCUACUACCAGGGCAGCACACAAACUCCCUCUCUAACAGAUGAAGUACUGGCAGAAUCCCAACAACUCAAGUUCCCAUCACUGAACUGAGCAACUUGUUGAACUGGUUAAAUGUUGCAACAGGAACGUCCCUAUCUGAUCCAAUAAACGUGGCUUGU